AUGCCUAAGGAUAAAGGUCAGAACAAGGGCGAGUUAGCUUCCGACUGCAGAGCUAAGGCCCACGCUACGGAAAAGGCUUCCCACAGCGAGAUGGGGCCUAAUGAACUUUUGAGUGAACACAUGGAUUCUGCUGGCAACCCAGUACCUGAUCCAAGCUGGGGCACAACCAGGCCACCUGAGGAGGAUGAGGAUUUGUUUGAGGCUGCGAAUGCAGACACUUCGGAAUUUAAGGGUUGA